AUGCAACCUAACCUUGGUCAUCAAAGACAACCGAUAUUACAAAGACAAGCAUUACAAAAUACGAAUCUACCUUCUACGUUCUCGGGUAUAUCUUAUACCUUAGAAGAGUAUGAAGAGAUUAGGCAAAUAUUAAACAAACAAUUAGGACCCGAAUAUAUUAGUACAAGGCAAGGACCAUCCGGUGUUGGAAGAUUGGUAUACGUCGAGGGAUGGAAGGUGAUCAAUUUAGCCAAUAAUGUCUUUGGUUUUAAUGGAUGGUCAUCCAGCAUUCAAAAUAUCACUAUCGACUUUGUUGAAACUUCACAAGAUACUGGAAGAGUCUCGGUUGGCAUAUCAGUAACAUGCAGAGUAACUCUCAAGGAUGGUACAUAUCAUGAGGAUUUGGGUUACGGCACUUGUGAAAACUCAAAGAGUAAGGCCGCAGCAUUCGAGAAGGCCAAGAAAGAAGCCAUGACAGAUGCGCUCAAGCGUGCCCUACGGACAUUUGGAAACGCAAUGGGUAAUUGUGUAUACGACAAGAAAUAUACUUCUGAAAUUGUUAAAAUAAAGGUUUCGCCGAAAGCCGCUAAAACUGGUGAUAAAUCCAACAAAAGUGUAACAGCCGAAUGUACACCACAACAUUCCGCAGAUAAAACAAGUAACAAUAACAAUAAAAAUUCACUGUCCCAGGAUAGUACCUCAACAAAUCUUACGAAUCGAUCUCAAAGUCAAGAAACGACACCCAUUUCUCUUAGUCAAAAUUCGAAGAGUACAUCACAGAUCUUAAGGAAUACAUCUACUACCAUGAUGAAUAAAAAUUCUCAAGAAAGUUCAUCAAAACUUGUAUCGAACCUAACCUCUCCAAGAAAUGAAUCUAUGGCUCCCACGGAAAGAGAAAAAUGUCCAAUGAAUAACUCAAUAAAUAAGGUCACGCCUGCAUUAACGUCAAAUGACGGAAAAAACUCUCCAAAACACGCGUCAUCAUCCGAUACAAACCAAGAAGCUGUGCGAAAUGAAGAUAACACCAUAAAAUCAUCCACAACAACUGAUGACCAUCUAACUCGCGCAGCGAUUUUGGCCCAGUUCGCAGCAAUCGACAGUAAAAUGGAUUCUUUCUUGGCGGAAUUCUUAGCAGAUCCUGAAGAUGAUGUUGAUACAGAUUUGAUGAUCGAACAAGAUCAAUCGUCAUCAGCAAAAAAUGGUACUGAUUUCGAAAUAUCAAAUGAGAAGAGCACUAUAGGUUUAAAAGAUGUGAAUAAAACUUCUAACCGGUCACCAGAAAAAAAUAAUUUCAUUGGAGAAAAUUUAAAACCUUCUUGUCAAAACAUUUCACCGAAAAGGCGACCAUUAGCUCAAAAUCCAAAUAUCUUUAGUUAUGAACUUUCUCCUAACAAUCGGAACAACAAUCUUUUAACAGUCAAUAAUAGAACUGAUAAACUUUUAGAACAAAAAAUUGGAAUGAAGUUUAAUGAAAUUGUUUGUAAUAAACCAUCUACUGCAAUUGUAUCUCCAAGCCGCACUCAUGUGGAUUCAUUUGACGAGGAUAUCAUGUAUAAUAGGCAAAUUAAAAGGCGAAAGGAGUAA